CUACCCCGAGGUGAACAUCCAGAACUUCACCACCAGCUGGAGAGAUGGUUUGGCCUUCAACGCCCUCAUCCACAAGCACAGGCCAGAUCUCAUCGACUUCCACAAGUUGACCAAGUCCAAUGCCACCUACAACCUCCAACAGGCCUUCAACGUGGCCGAGCAGCACCUGGGGCUCAGCAAGUUGCUGGACCCCGAGGAUGUGAACAUGGAGGACCCGGAUGAGAAGUCCAUCAUCACCUACGUGGUCUCCUUCUACCACUACUUCUCCAAGAUGAAGGCGCUGGCGGUGGAAGGGAAGCGCAUCGGGAAGGUUCUGGACCAAGCCAUGGAGAUUGAGGCCAUCAUCGAGCGCUACGAGGCCCUGGCCACCGAGCUCCUGGCCUGGACCCAUCACACCAUCACCAUCAUCACCAACCAGAAGUUUGCCAACUCCUUGACUGGGGUGCAGCAGCAGCUUCAGGCCUUCACCACCUUCUGCACCCUGGAGAAACCCAUCAAGUUCCAGGAGAAGGGCAACCUGGAGGUCCUGCUCUUCACCAUCCAGAGCAAACUCCGGGCCACCAACCGCAAACUCUACGUCCCCAGUGAAGGCAAAACCAUCUCUGAUGUCAACAAGGCUUGGACCUGCCUGGAGAAGGUGGAGCACGAGAGGGAGGUGGCCCUGAGGGAGGAGCUGAUCAGGCAGGAGAAGCUGGAGCUCCUGGCCCAAAGGUUUGACCACAAGGUGGUGAUGAGGGAGACGUGGUUGAACGAGAACCAGCGCCUGGUCUCACAGGACAGCUUUGGCUACGACCUGCCGGCGGUGGAGGCGGCCAUGAAGAAGCACGAGGCCAUCGAGGCCGACAUCUCCUCCUACCAGGAGCGUAUCCAGGUGGUGGUGGAGCUGGCCCUGGAGAUGGUGGCCGAGGGCUACUACGACACCAAACGCAUCGUGGCCCAGAAGGACAAUGUCCUGCGCCAGUGGGGCCUCCUGACCCAGCUGGUCCGGGCCCGGAGGGCCCGUCUGGAGCAGAACUUGGCCCUCCAGAAGAUCUUCCAGGAGAUGGUCUACAUGAUUGACUGGAUGGAGGAGAUGCAGGUGGUGUUGGUCUCCAAGGAGGUGGGGAAGCAUCUUCUGGAGGUUGAGGACCUGCUGCAGAAGCAGGGGCUGCUGGAGGCCGACAUCUCUGCCCAGAGCGAGAGGGUCCAGGCCCUCAAUGCAGCUGCCCUCAGGUUCUCCCAGCUGGAAGGCUACCAACCCUGUGACCCUCAGAUCAUCUGCAACCGGGUCAACCACGUCCAGACGUGCCUGGAGGAGCUGGAGGAGUUGGCGGCCAAGAGACGCAAAGACCUGGAGGACUCUCGUCAGCUUUGGACCUUCUUCCAGGAGAUGGAAGAGGCCGAGGCCUGGAUCCGCGAGAAGGAGAAGAUCUUGGCGGCCAAAACGUGUGGCCGGGACCUCAGCAGCGUCUUGACCUUGACCACCAACCACAAGAGCAUGUUGGGUGAGCUGGGCAACCGUCGGGCCCUGCUCCACCAGAGCGUGAAGAAAGGGGAGGAGAUCCUGGCCAAGAGGAGCCUCAGCCCGGGGGGGAUCCAGGAGAAGAUGCGGGAGGUGCGACGGCGCUGGAAGAAGCUGGAGGAGACGAUGGGUUUGCACCAGCAGCGUCUCCAGGAGGCCCUCAACUUCUUCCAGUUCACCUCGGAGCUGGACGACCUGGUGGGCUGGCUGCAGGACACCUACCGCGUCGUCUCCAGCGACGACUUUGGCCACGAUGAUUAUUCCACCCAAGGGCUCCUCCGGAAGCACCGGGCGGUGGUGGAAGAGGUGGAGAAGCAGCGAGGGACCAUCCUGGCCCUCAGGAAGCACCUGGCUCUGCUGGCUCCUCAUCAUCGCCAAGGGGUGGACCUGCAGAUCAGGGUGGUGGAGGUGGAGCAGCUCUACGGGGAGGUGGUGGAGGUGGCCGUGCUGAGGCAGCAGUGGCUGAAGGACGCCCUGGCCAUCUACAGGAUGUUCAGCGAGGUCCACGCUUGUGAGGUGUGGGUGGACGAGAAGGAGCAGUGGUUGGAGAAGAUGGAGGUUCCCGAGGAGUUGGAUGAGGUUGAGGUGGUGCAGCACAGGUUCGAGAGCCUGGACCAGGAGAUGAACAGCGUGAUGGGGCGGAUCCUGGACGUCAACCAGGUGGUGCAGCAGUUGGUGGAAGGGGGACACCCCAGCUCCGAGGAGGUCCGUUCCUGCCAGGACCACCUCAACAGCAGGUGGAACCGGGUGGUGGAGCUGGUGGAACGGAAGAAGAACCAACUCAGCUCCGUCCUGAAGAUCCAAAACUACCUCCUGGAGUGCGGGGAGAUGAAGGAGCAGGUGAGGGAGAAGAGAAGAGCCAUCGAGGCCACCCAAGCUGGUGGUGGGGACCUUGGAGGUGUCUUGGCCUUGCAACGUCGUUUGUCCACCAUGGAGGCAGCUCUGGUGGUCCUGGAGCCUCGGCUGGUGGAGCUUCAACGUGAGGGUGAAGCUCUGGCUGCUUCUCACCCUGGGAGGGCCCUGGAGAUCCUCCUGCCCUUCGAGAAGAUCAACGAGGAGUGGGAGGCCCUCAAAAGGGCCCUCCAAGGUUGUGAGGACACCCUGACGGUGGCCGGACGUUUGCAGCAGUUCAUCCAAGACCUGGACAACUUCUUGAGUUGGUUGGUGAAGACCCAAGAGGCUUUGGCCUCUCAAGAGGUCCCCGAGAGUUUGGCCCAAGCCGAGAAGAUGUUGAACCACCACGUGGCUCUCAAAGAGGAGAUCAAUGGCUACGAGGAGGACUACGCCAAGAUCCAAGCGGCCAGUGACCUCCUGGCCCUGGAGGAGACCGAGGUCCCUUCCCUGUCCCUCCAGCAGUGGCUGCAGAAGUUGGACGCGGGGUGGGGGAACCUCCUGCAGAGCUGGGAGAGCAGGAGGGAGGUCCUGGUCCAGUCCCACGUCUUCCAGCUCUUCCUCCGGGACGUCCAGCAGUGCCAGAGCAGCCUCUCCAAGCAGGUGGGAGAAGGUCCAGGUUGGGGUUCUGGUUGA